AUAUGUAUUAAUAAUGUUAUGUAUGAUAUGUUUGGCGCUCAACACAAACACAUUGCAGUGUUUAUUGUAUUAACAAAACAUAUCAACUAAUCGUUGAUUUGAUUGCAAAUGGAUAUCAAUUUAGUCUUUGAAAAUCCACUUAAAGACUGUGACUUACAGUCAAACGUACCAAACAUUGCUAUUACUGAAGAAUGUAUUAUUGGUAUCGAUGAGGCCGGAAGAGGACCUGUUUUAGGUCCAAUGGUUUACAGUUUGGCUUACUUUCCAUUAAGGGAUGAAAAGGAUCUGAAAAAAUUGGAUUUUGCUGACUCAAAGACAUUAACUGAAGAAAAACGAGAAGAUAUAUUUGAAAAGAUUGGUCGAAAUAACUACAAGAAUAUCGGUUGGUUGUCCACUGUUUUAUCGCCGGUCACUAUAAGCAACUCAAUGUUUAAAAGAUCAAAAUACAAUUUGAAUCAGUUAUCUCACGACACGGCUAUAGCAUUGAUCAGACGCGCCAAACAUAAUGGCAUUCAAGUUAGCAAAGUAUUUGUUGAUACCGUGGGUCCGGCAGAUAAAUAUGAGGCCAAACUUAAGAGUCUAUUUCCCGAUAUUAAGUUUAAAGUUGCCAAUAAAGCCGACUCUAUUUACCCGAUUGUGAGUGCGGCCAGUGUUUGCGCUAAAGUGAUUCGCGAUAGAGUUGUAAAUAACUGGAAAUUUAUUGAACCAAAUAUGCAGUUUAGUCGUGAAGAUUACGGUUCCGGUUAUCCGGGAGAUCCAAAAACUAAAAAAUUUUUGUCACAAACAAUGGAUCCUUUGUUUGGCUUCACAUCGUUUGUUAGGUUCAGUUGGUCUACAAUUAAGACAAUUCUGGAUGAAAAGGCCAUUGAAUGCGAAUGGGAAGAGGAAGAAGAUGAAGAUAAACAACAGUUAAAGUCAGAGACGACUACCAAAAAGAUUUCAAAUUAUUUCAAUGCCGCCAAUAAAGUGGUAAAACCAAUUAAAAAGCAAAAAGUUAACACAUUUUUUAAAGAAAGAAAUCUUAAAUUUUUUAAUAAUUUAAGUGACUUAAAGUUUUAAUAUUUUUAUAUUGUUUUUAUCAUUUUUAUAAACCAUUACCGGUAUAUGUUUUACAAAAUAUUUUUA